GGGCCGCGAUCCGCGGCGGAAAGGAAAUGGCGGCGCCCGGGAGGCCGCGUGGGGAGAAGGAGGAAGAGGCGGCUGAAGAGGUUGCGGUGCAGGCCAAGCGGCCCCGCGGGCAGCGACGGCUCUUGGUGGUGCUGGAAGGGGCGAGUCUGGAGACCGUGAAGGUGGGGAAGACGUUCGAGCUGCUUAACUGCGACAAGCACAAAGCGCUGCUGCUGCGGAACGGCCGGGACCCCGGGGAGGUGCGGCCCGACAUCACCCACCAGAGUCUCCUGAUGCUUAUGGACAGCCCCCUGAAUCGGGCUGGUCUUCUGCAGGUUUAUAUCCAUACCCAGAAGAAUGUUCUAAUUGAAGUCAAUCCCCAAACCAGAAUCCCAAGAACCUUUGAUCGAUUCUGUGGUCUUAUGGUUCAGUUGCUGCAUAAGCUCAGCGUUCGAGCAGCGGAUGGGCCUCAGAAGUUACUGAAGGUGAUUAAAAAUCCAGUCAGUGAUCAUCUCCCCGUGGGCUGUAUGAAGAUAGGUACCUCAUUUGCAGUGCCAAAGGUGUCAGAUCUGCGUGAGCUGGUUCCUGCAGCAGAGCCAGUUGCCAUUGUUGUGGGAGCUUUUGCCCAUGGGUCGGUCAAUGUUGACUAUACAGAAAAGAUGGUCUCCAUCAGCAACUAUCCCCUCUCUGCUGCCCUGACAUGUGCUAAAAUUACUACUGCCUUUGAGGAAGUCUGGGGAGUAGUGUGAGCUGCUGCUGCUGCUCCUUUCCUGAGGGACUCUUACACAGUGACUCCAGAUUCUGGAGAGGUUCUCUUACUUAGGUGUGGACCUGGAGGACUUUGGGCUCCUGGAAGGGAAAAGGCUUCUAUUUUGUCCUUGUAGCUUCUGGAGCAAUGAAACUUUAAAUGCACAGCCCCUUGACCUUUUUUCCUUGUAUUAAAGGCCACUUUUU